AUGAACAACUUAUAUGAUGGCCUUAGGGAAGUCCUGCUUGCUCUUCUGAAAAAUACAGAUACCCGAGAAAGUGUUCUUGAGUAUCUUGCAGAGUUGAUUAAGAGGAAUGCAUCGAGGUCUAAUAUACAGUUUUCAAGCUUUUUUAACCUUGGAUUAGGAUGUAAUUCACAGGUGGAUCCACUAUCUUGUGCAAGUUCUGGCAUGUUUUUCAAUUUUAGUGCAGUCAUGCUUCAGCUGUGUGAGCCCUUUCUAGAUGCAAAUCUAACAAAAAGAGACAAAAUUGACCCAAAGUAUGUGUUUUAUAAUAGCCGGUUGGAUUUAAGAGGGUUGACAGCUCUCCAUGCAUCAUCCGAGGAGGUUGCAGCAUGGAUUGGCAAAGAUAAUUGUGAGAAAAUUGAUGGACUUAGUCAUAGAAGUGAUGAAGAGAAUCGAUUAUUACAGUCUCAAGAAGCUACAAGCUCUGGCAAUAGUACAAGUUCUGUUCUUUCUAAAGCCAAGCCACUUUCUAGUUGUGGUGUAAAGAAUAAGUACCCAUUUAUUUGUGAAUGUUUCUUCAUGACUGCAUGGGUGCUCAAUUUGGGGCUUCUGAAAGCAUUUUUAGACUUCAAGCAUCUAGAUCAGGCAAGGAUACAGGCUAUGAACAAAUGA